AUGGCUGACCAAAAACUGACAUCGACUGAAACCCCGACCAGUAACGGACUCAUUCCAAAUGACCUCUACUCAGAAGUUCCGCGAUUCGUCGACAAGAAGACACUGCUUGAGUAUCUGAAAAAUGUUGAACACAAUCCCUCAGUGGCGGAAGAUCUCCGUCAGUCUUAUCAGUCAAAACUGCGCCCUUAUGAAGAUCACACCAGGUUCGGAACCUUCUACACUGAGCCAAUCGACGACGCCUACUUUGGAGCGAAGCCGAUGAUUCUCCUCAUCGGCCAGUACUCAUCGGGCAAAUCGACCUUUGUGCGGUAUUUGAUCGAGAGGGACUACCCAGGAAUCCGAAUCGGUCCUGAGCCGACCACUGACAAGUUUGUGGCGGUGAUGCACAGCGAAGAGUCGAACAUCAUUCCCGGAAAUGCUCUGGUGCUAGACUCCAGCAAGCCCUUUCGACCACUGAUCAAGUUUGGCGGCAAAUUUCUCAACCGCUUCCAGGCCUCACAGGUGGACUCGCCGGCCCUCAGGUCGUUUACGCUCAUUGACACGCCGGGCAUUCUGAGCGACAACUGCAGCAACGACGCCUACGACUACAAAGGCGUCAUUGAGUGGUUCGCCGCAAGGUCCGAUCGUAUCUUUCUGUUUGUCGACGCUCAUAAGCUUGAGCUGUCGGGUGACUUUCAGCAAAUCGUGCAGAUGAUUCGUGCCUAUGAUGAUAAGCUACGAAUUGUCCUCAAUAAGACUGAUCUAAUCAGCGAACAGGAGCUUAUUCGAAUUUACGGCGCUCUGAUGUGGUUUCUCGGACAAACUCUUGAACUGAAGGAGGUUAUUCAGAUUUACAUUGGCUCCUUCUGGGGUCAACCGGUGGCGAACGUCGCCCACCGGAAACUGUAUGAAUUUGAGCAGUUUCGCAUCUUCGAGGACCUGAGAAACCUGACCAAGGAGAGUCUACUCCGCAAAGCAAAUUACCUCGUAAAGCGAGCCAGAGAAGUAGCCAUUCACGCGUGCAUCGUCUCACUAUUGCGAGAAAAGUACAACCGGGCACUGCUGCGAUUCAUAGCGCAGAAGAAGGCCAAAAGGCGACUCAUCAAACGACUUCCAAAGCUCUUUGAUGCCAUUCAAAAGCAGCACAACUUUAAUCGAAGUGACUUUCCAGAGGUAGGUAAGCUCACCGAAACCCUUCUCAGCAUCGACUGGCGGCAGCUGAAGAAGCACAGUCACCACUUGGCGGCGCAGAAGGAAUCAUUCGUCAACGUAGACAUACCACUGAUUGUCACCAGGAUAACAGCAGAGCGGACACAGGCAAUCUUCCGACUUGAAGAGGCUUCUCCCUUUGGAUACGAAAAGGGAGAAGCCUUUGACGAAGGCUCACUAGAGCCGAGCAAGUCCUGGAUAGUCAAUCGGUAUCGACAUCAGUACGAAGCGCUAUUCAAUGAACUGAAAGACGACGAACAAAAUAAGGUUACCGCAACGAAAGCCAAGGCACAGAUGCUCAAGUCGAACCUUCCAGCUAAAGUACUGACGCGAAUCUGGGGCCUCUCCGAUAUUGACCGUGAUAACAUGUUAGAUGAAGAAGAGUUUCUUUUGGCAAUGUACCUAGUGGCAACUAAACUGAACAACCCACAAGAGGUGCCCAGUGAGCUGCCCGCGCACUUGAUACCGCCGAGCAAGCGGCACCUCAAGUAA